CCGACGGCCAGCGCCUCAUCCAGACAAGACCAUGGUGAACCGCGGACCUAGCGCUGGCUGCCAAACAUGCAGAGAGCGCCGCGUUGGGUGCGAUAAGACGAGACCAGCAUGCAGAAAGUGCACCAUGCGUGGACAGAUAUGCCCUGGAUACCGUGACGCCAGCGGUAUUGUCUUCAAGGACGAAAGCAAGGCCGUUUUCGCACGCCACAGCAAGCGAGCACCCGCGAGACCAUCUAUACUGCCGCGACAGGUGCACUCCAAUCCAUACGACGUGACAACAGCCUUCUUCUUCCGACACUGUUUACUUCCAGCCCAACAUGAUUGGCCGUUGGGCAACGAAUACUUCGACCAUAUCUUGCCUCUAUACAACUCUGCGGCACCUUCGUCUGCUUUGUCUCUCGCCGUUUCAGUCAUGGCGCUCAAAGUUGCCACCAUCCACCACACUCAAGAUUAUGUGCAGCAUUUAGUCACUGGAGCUGAGCUCGCUGCUGUUCGAGCAGUUAGUACAGCAUUGUCAGAUCCACUCCAACGUUUGAAGGACGAGACGCUCAUGGCAACCCUAUGCCUGGACUUUGCCCAGCAAUACCGAAAUUCUGCACUCCAGCAUGGUCGCCCUCACCUGAGAGGCGCUCUAGCACUAAUCCAACAGCGGGCAUCUACACCCUUCGACUCAAAAGCGUCGCAAUCUCUCUACGUAGCAACCAGAGGCCAUGUCUUGCUGAUCACGCUAUGGUCAACCAACACAAGCGAGGACCAAGAUCUGAUUUUUACAUUGCCUGAAGUGGCAUCCGCGCGUGAAAGCGUUGCGUCCGCUGUACAGCACAUUUUACGGCAGGUUCUGUGCCUAGAAAGACAGGUCCUCGCCUGGCAGCCACCAGACGCGAGUUCGCCAUCAGAAGAGGAUCGCGUGGCCUCGUAUGCUACCUGGGCCCAAGCUUUGUGCAACUGCCUCGAAGGAAUCAAGUUUGAAGUAUCCUGGGAGCUUUCAUUACCCUUUGUUCCCUUACCUUAUGGUAGCUUCGAAAGGUCGAGUGAUGUAUUAUUAGUACAGAAGGCUUUCGUCUUUGGCCAAUACAUCUGCACAUACGUGCUAGUCCUGAAGCUUCUGUACUGUACAAGAUCUUUCCUACAAGAUGACGAUACACAACAUAAAAUCGCUUAUCAUCGUGCAAUACUCGACCAAGCGCAAAGUCUGUUAUCCUCACUCUGCGUGUCUGUCGUCCCAAUCUUAGACCGUAGCCGCUUUUUGCGCCCGGGCGAGGGAACUGUCAAUCGCAUAAUCGUUACAGAGACCAGACCAGAACUAUCGAAUGGUUUGCCAGACGAAGGGCUCGCUUCCACUAGUCGUUCCCAUCUGGUCUGUAUCACUACGUGGAUUUUGGGUAUCUUAAGAAAAGAGUUUCUCGGAACGAAGGAGUUUGGAAUCAAAUCUGACGACAUUGACUAUCUGCAAAGUAUACAUAAUUCUCUAUUUCAAGUUAUCUAG